GGAUAGUUUUGUAGAAUACAGAGAGUUCAUGUAGAAUGCUGGGGAAGCCGGUAGGCAACAUGUGCUUCACAUGGGUUGAGUGUUUCCAUAUGGGAUCACUUCCUUUAAAAGCUAAUCCUGUCUUUUUCUUGCAGGAAAUCAUUAAGACACAGAGUUUCCGGGAGCUCUCAGACCUGGGACUUCUCAGCAUAUUGCAGAGUAACCGUCUGACUAUUGAUGAGGUGCCACUGAUCCAUGCUGUGCGGGAGUGGGCCCACGUGAGCUCAGUGAGUGUGCAAGACCCACACGUGGCACUGAGGGGUUCUGUAUCAAGGGCAAUUCUGCUAGUAGAACUGUUUGUUUUAUAAAUCAUUCCUGAAAAUGAAGCAAGUCUCAGUGAAUAUUUCCUGGUAAUGGUUUACUCUAACUGGGUUAUCACUAGUAAGACGACAAGCUCUCCUUAUAGUAACCUUUUAUUCACAGAGUACAAUGAAUAUCAGCAUUUCCUGUUAAAUCCCAUUCUCUGCCACUAAACCAAUACUGAGGUUUUCUCUGACACCUUGAGUUCUAAACUAAUGCACAUCACUAGAGUGUGUUGUGUAUAGUGAUUUAAGUGUGCAAGGAGUCUUCACCAUGCCGGCUUGGUGAAUUCAGUGUCUGAUGGGUUCGCACACAAUUAUACAGAAGCCAAGAAAGAUCGCUCCCAGGUAUUUAUGUAUACUUCUUAAAAGUACAUUGGCCUAACUUGCUGCAUCCAACCUCUGCCUGGCCAGGGGAAAAUUUAAACAGAACAUGGAAAUCUGAGCAGUGAUAUUCAGACUAUUUGCCUCCUUGGGUAUUUGGAAAACUGGGCCACUCUUUGACCUAUAUAACACUAGUCAGAUCAAGAUAGGGUUUGGAUCGUAUUGAAUAAUAUGAGCUCCGCAGAUGUUUGUCAGUUUUAACUCCUCACAUAGUCAUUGUGCAUCAUGAUAAAAUGUAGUUUACAAGUUUCUGGGGUGCCAAGGUUAUCCGUGAGACCCCCUGAUACAGAGACCCCCAACCUAGAUAUCCUCGUAACAGCAGCUUUACUGCUUUCUCAGGUUGUUCUCGACUUGCCCGUCCCUCGAAUUGCUGUGGAUGUGGUGAAGGAGCUCCGCCUCUUCCUUCUCUCCCUUGAAGAGCUGACAACGCUGGAAAACGAGAACCUCCAGGAUGAGCUUAUACCGGUCCGAUACAUGUAACCUCUUACAUACUGUUUCUGUUUAGCAUUAAACGAUUCCCCAUGUAAUUAUUCAUUCUUUUGUGCAGGAGAGUCAGAUUGCCCAGGCCUGGAAAUUUCAUGCCCUGAAGAAAGUCAGUGACUUGCCAGCCCAUCAAUGUCACCGACGGAAAGGAACGCUAGUGAGAGAACACCAUCGUUACCUAGAACCCUAUUCCAAGUGAGGAUAGAGAUCUACACCCGAGGGAGCAACCUGUGACUGUGAGUGACUCUAUUCGUGUACCUUCACAAUGUCCUUUUAGAGAAUCUCAUGCAUGAAAUUAACACGUCAGGUUUAAAGAAAGACCUCUCUGUCUGUCCUGCACCUAUUAUACCUAUUACUGCAAAGUCUGUCUGCACAGGUCUGAUUCAUAGCUAAGUGUUGUGUGUGUGCACUGGGCUUCAGAUCUGCCUUUUGGUAGACCUGUGCCGGGAGGGAUUUCUAAUUGUAACUGACCUGUCGUUUUGCAAUCUGUACUGAUCACAAACUAAAAUGCCAAUUAUCAGGACAUAACCUAGCCCUGUGAACCCCUCCUUUGGUUUCUACUAACUCCAAAGCAUUAGAGUUUCCAAUUUAUCUUACCUAGGGGCCACUGGCCAAACCCUAUUCCACACGGGGGCUGCAAAGAUGUACACGCAUACAUAGAUCAGAAACCAAGAUGCAUGUCUGGACACAAAUACAUCCUCCCAGAUACAUGCCUGCACACAAGUCUAUACUCCCAGGCACACGCCUGCACGUAGAUGUAUAUUUGUGGUUGUGUGCCUGCACACUGAUCCAUACCUCUAGACCUGCACACAGAUGCAUGCUUCCAGCACACACACAGAAUUACAUAAUCACGUAGGAUGUACACCGCCCACCACCGACUCCCAGCACCUGUUACACGAUUGAGCUUUCGGUGAAGGCUGCUUCUCUGCACCAUGUGCACUGACCAUCCUCGUCACUGAAUUUGCAGAUCACCAUAAUAUUAUAUGCUCCCGGCCUGCCAGUCUCAAACAUAUGGUGGGGUUCAAGCCACCUGCAAUUCGAGACAUUGAGAUGUGUGCGGGGAAUGUAAAAUAUCUGUCUAUUCCAAACCAGAACGGGAGGCUGCCGGCUGCAGAACAGUACUUAGAGACCUCUGCUUUAAAUGGUAAACCCUACGGCCGACUUCAUGCUGCUCCCUGGAAGCCCAGCAGAGAUGGGCCCAGAUACCCUGAUAACCCAUUUUACCAGUUCCACAUGUGCAUUUCUUUCACUUACCUUGUAGACAUAUACUGCAUUUUCUAACUGACACGUUAAUUCACAUAAAUGAGAAUUCAACGUGAAUUGAAAGUCAAAAUAGCUGACUUAGAGAAUGUUUCCAGAUUGGCCAAGUCUAAAUCUGCUUUCAGUUUGGCUACUCUGGCCUUAAGUUUAACAAAUAUAGUAUAUAUAUUUUUUUACUUUUUUUUUGUUUUGAAUUCUCAACUUAGUAGAUACCCUUAUAAGUCUCUGUCUGCAAUGCCUUAUGGACAUACAUUGUAGCACGUACCUUCCUUUAUAACGAAAUGUCUCUUUGCGCUUACCUUGUAGACGUACACUGCUUUUUGUAACAAGCCGGAGCAACGAGAAGAAACUGCUGUUAGGAAGCAACUCUGAGGACUCUGCUUAAAAGUGGACAUUUAAAUUCUAAUUUUUUUUAAAACAUAUUGUUUAAAAAGGACAAUCUUUUGUUUAUUUUUACAUAUAUAGAUUUUCUCUUAUUAAGUGAUUGUAGAUAUGUUGAAAUACACAUGGAGCACAG